AUGGCUUCCGACAGCUCCGACGACGACAUGCCUCUCGCGAGACCCAACGGCCGUCUCUCGUCGGCGAACAUUUCUCGCGCCGACGACAGAGCCAUGGACCGCGCCGCCCCCAAGGGAACCACCGGUCUAGCAGGUCUGUCGGUGCGCAACGGUCCCAUAGACGACGCCAUGGAUGUCGACAACCCGCCCACAAACGGCGCCAACAAGCGCAAGUCCCGCUCCUCCAUCUCAAACGUCAACUACAAGGACGAGUCGGAAAGCGACGGCCAACCUCUGGCCAAGCGCUCCAAGUCCGCGAGCAAGCCCGUCCUCGACGACUCGGACGACGAGCCCAUCAAGAAGUCUCGCGCCAAGAAGCUGCCUCCCUCGUACGAGGAGACGGCGCUCCCCGUCUCCUCCUCGGAUGACGAUCAGCCACUAGGCAUCAAACUCGCCAACAAGAAGGCGGCAAUAGAAAAAAAGGCCGAGGCCGAGGCCAAGGCAAUCCGCGCAAAGGAGGCAAAGGCAAAGAAGGCAAAGAAGGCAACGCCCAAAAAGGCCGUCAAGGAUGAGUCCGACGAUGAGCCCUUGGCCAGGUCCUCGACGCAGAAGCGCCAGUCCAACGGCGGUCCCGGCAAGAGGAAAUCAAAUGGCGUCAAGAAGGAGGAAUCUGACUCUGACGCUCCCAUCUCAAAGAGGAGCAAUGUCAAGACGGAAACUCCCGUAAAAAGGGGCAAGGGAGCAACCCCUGCCAAUGAUGCGAAAAAGGCAAAGGCCAAAUCCAAAGAAGCGAGCGAGGAGGAAGAAGAGUACGAGUGGUGGAACGCACCCAAGCGCGAGGACGACAGCAUCAAGUGGCAAACUCUCGAGCACAACGGAGUCUUGUUCGCGCCAGAGUACGAGCCUCUUCCCAAGCACGUCCAUCUCCUCUACGACGGGAAGCCCGUCAACCUGGGCAGGGACGCUGAGGAAGUCGCCACCUUCUGGGUCGCCAUGAUGACACCGGCCUCUUCCCAUCACCUGGACAGUCCCGUGUUCCGCAAGAACUUCUUCGCCGACUUUUCGGAAUACUUGAAGAAGUCUGGCGUGACUGACCUCAAAGGGAACAAGGUCGAGAUCAAGAGCCUCGACAAGUGCGACUUUUCGAAAAUAUAUGAUUACUGGUCAGCCAAGACGGAAGCUAACAAGAACAAGAACCUAUCCAAGGAAGAGAGAGAAGCUGCAAAGGCCAAGAAAGAGGCGUUCGAGGCUCCAUACGUUCACUGCCUGUGGGAUGGCAGGAAACAAAAGGUCGGCAACUUCAGGGUCGAACCGCCCAGCCUCUUUCGCGGCCGCGGCGAGCAUCCCAAGACGGGCCGAGUCAAGACGCGAGUCAUGCCGGAGCAGAUCACCAUCAACAUUGGCAAGGGUGCAAAGGUGCCGGAACCCCCCGCGGGUCACAAGUGGAAGGCUGUGCAGCACGAUCAAAAGGCCACCUGGCUUGCCAUGUGGCAGGAGAACAUCAACGGGGCCUACAAAUACGUGAUGCUGGGGGCUGCCAGCGAUGUCAAGGGCCAGAGUGAUUUCAAGAAGUUCGAAAAGGCCCGAGAACUGAAGAAGCACAUCGACAAGAUCCGCAGGGACUACACCCGGGACCUCAAGAGCGAGGUGAUGGCUGACCGCCAACGAGCCACUGCCAUGUACCUGAUUGACAAGCUCGCUCUCCGAGCCGGCAACGAAAAGGACACGGAGAACGAGGCCGACACUGUGGGCUGCUGCUCGUUGAAGUACGAGCACAUCACGCUCGAGGCGCCGGACAAGGUGACGUUUGACUUUUUGGGCAAGGACAGCAUCAGGUACAACGAGACGGCUCAUGUCGAGGCCCAAGUCUUCAAGAACUUGAAGCUCUUCAAGAAGCCCCCCAAGUCGGACGGCGACGACCUCUUUGAUCGCCUCAACACUUCGCAACUGAACAAGCAUCUGAACAGCUGCAUGACGGGCCUGACUGCCAAGGUCUUCCGUACCUACAACGCGUCGUUCACCAUGUCCGAGCUCCUGAAGGAGCUGCACAACGACCCGCGCUCCAAGGGCACUGUGGCCGAGAAGGUGAAGCUCUACAACGACUGCAACCGCAAAGUUGCCAUUCUCUGCAACCACAAGAGGACCGUCGGGGCCGGGCACGAUCAGCAGAUGCAAAAGCUCGGAGACAGGAUCAAGGGCCUGCGGUACCAAAAGUGGCGGACAAAGAAGAUGAUUAUAGACAUUGAGCCCACGCAGAGGAAGAAGAAGGGUGCUGCGUGGUUCGAGCUGGACGACGAUCUGGACGAGGCAUGGAUCCAGGAGCAUCAGCAGUUCUUGAUCGAGGAGCAACGCACCAAGAUCACGAAGAAGUUUGAGAAGGAGAAUGAGAAGCUCAAGGGCAACAAGGAGAAGGUUCUGCCGGACAAGGAGCUCAAGGAGCGACUUCAGGUGGUCAAGGAGCUUGAGCAGAGGUUCAAGAAGGAGAACAAGACGGGCAAGGUCGAGGCCGAGGGCAGGGGUCCCACGGUGGACAAAUUCGUCAAGGCCAUUGAGAAGCUCGACGAGCGGAUCAAGGUGCUGGAGACGCAGGCCGAGGACCGCGACGGCAACAAGGAAGUUGCCCUGGGCACGUCCAAGAUUAACUACAUUGACCCUCGGCUCACGGUCGUCUUCUCCAAAAAGUUUGACGUGCCGAUUGAGAAGUUCUUCUCCAAGACGCUUCGGGACAAGUUCCGGUGGGCCAUCAAGUCGGUGGAAGAUGCAGACGACUGGGAGUUUUGA